AUGACGACGACCGGCGGGAUCAGAAUCCUCCCUCUGGCAUUUCUUCUCCUCGCGCUCUCGAUUCAAUCAACAGCGCACGCCAGGGGUCCCCCCGCGCCGCAGGAGAGCCUGGCGGAGAAAGCCGCGCGAUUGCGCGCAGCAGCGGACAAGGCAGCCGCCGCUUUGGACGCCGCGCAGUCCGUCGUGGCCUCGCGGCUUGAGGCGGAGCAGGCGGCGGCCGCGGAGGUCGAUGCAGCGCAAUUGGCGGCGCAAAAUGCGGCCGUGGCGUGGAGCACAGCGAAGCAGGCAUCGGACGUGAAGAAAGUUUCCGCAACUAACUCACGAAAGAGCGCAAAUGCCGCUAAGGCGAGCCUCGCUCCGAUAAAGAAGAAGGUGGAUUCUUACACCGCCGCGCAAAACAACGUCAAGACUGCGGAGAAAAACCUCGCGGACGCGACGACGAAGCGCCAGAACGCGGAGGCCGCCGCCGCCGCGCAGCAGAACGUCGCGACCAGCGCUUCCGCCGCCGCCACGGGCUUGAACUCGCGGAGCCCCGCGGCGCAGAAAGCGGCGAAAGAGCAGAAGAAAGCUGCGGAGCUUCAAAAGAACGUUCAAUCCGCGACGAAGGAGGAGAGCAAGGCGUCUGCGGCGCUGACUAAGGCGCAAAACACCCUUGCUAGCGCCACGCUGACCCCGCAGGAGAAGGCGACGCUCGACGCGGCAAACGCGGCGGACGCUGCGGCGGCUCAGGCGGAAGCCGACGCGAGGGCGGCGGAGGCGGAGACAAAGGCGGCGGAGCAAGGCGUGAAAGCGGCCGCGGAGAAGGUCACCCGUGCGAAGAACAAGCGCGCCAAGGCGCAAGCUCUCCGCGUGGCCGCGGAGAAAGUGGCGGAGAAGGCGUCCGCAGAUGCGCAGGAGGCGGAGGACCUGGCGAUGGCGGCGGAGCAAGAGUGGGAGGCUUCGCAGACGCCCGCGCAGGGAUCCGACCCCGCGCCUGGUUCGGACCCCUCUCCCCCUGGCGACGGUGGCGACGGCGACGGUUGCGGCGGUGGCGGCGGUCCCCACGGGGGGAUGAUGACGGCGAUGAGGAUCAGAACGAGGGGGACCACGGGCAUGGGCAUGGCGGGUGGGGUGGACAGGGCGGGAAUGGCGGGAACGGAUGGGGACAGGGCGGGAAUGGCGGGAACGGAUGGGGCAACGGCGGGCGUGGGGAUCAGGGCCAAGGGCAGAGAGAAAGCCGUGCGGCUCCGCGCAAUCGCCGACCAAAAGGCGGCGCAGCUCGACGCGGCGGAGCAAAUCGCGUCGCUGCUGCAGCAGCAGCAAGCCGACGCGCAGGAUAAUCUCGACACCGCGAAGACCGAUGCGCAGGCGAUGGCGGCAUCGUGGGCGCAGGCGCGAACCGCUCUCGACAGCGCCAGGGCGGUGGCAGUGAGCGCGCGCAAGGCGGCUACCACCGCGCGGAAGACGGCGCCUGCGCCGGCGAAGAAGCGGUACGAGGGUUACUCCAAGGCGCAGGCGGCGGUAGCGGAGGCGGAGCGGAAAUAUAACGAGGCGAAGCAGAAGCGCGAGCAGGCGGACGCCGCCUAUGCCGCCCAGCAAGAUAUCGUCAACCAGCUACAGCCGUCGAGCUACGGCUCGCAGGCGGGUUACGCGCAGGCGUAUGGCGGCUCGUCGUCGUAUAAUAAGGAGCAGAAGAAGGCGAAAGAGUUGAAGAAGAAAGCCGACGAAGCGGCGAAGGAAGAAGCGAAAGCGGCGGCGAAAUUAGCGGCGGCAAAGGCGGCGGCGGCGGCGCCGAGCGCGACGCCGACGCCGGACGAGCAGGCGCAGUUCGAGUCGAUCCAGGCGGCGGAGGCGCUCGCGGCGCAGGCCGAUGCGCAGGUGAAAACAGCGGAGCUAGAAUUCGCGGCGGCGAGUCAGAGCAUGAAGAAAGCCGCGGCGCAGGUGAGCGCGGCGAAAGAGCAACUCAAGGCGGUAAGCAAGAAGCGCGAAUCCGCGGAUAAGCGCGUGGAGCGCCUCGCGGCGGAGGCGCAAAAGGCGGACGAAGAUGCCAUGGCGGCGGAGCAGGAGGCGGGGAUAAGCGCGCCCGGGUCGGACCCAUCACCAGGAGACGACGAUGGGAAUGACGACGAGGGGGAUGAUAACGAGGAUGGUGAUAACGAGGAUGGGGAUUCAGAGGAUGGUGAGCAUGUGGGCGCGAAUGAGUGGAAAGGGCUGGGCUCAGCUGCAGGUGCUACUGUAGCGCCGAACCAGGUGGGGCAGCCGUUGAUGGUGCGGGACGUGCCUGUGCAAACAACGAGUCUGCCUGUAACGAGUACUGCUGCCGCCGAGAUGCCACUAGCAGGACCGGAGCCCACACGACCCACGGCACCAAGCUAUAUGUUCUAA